GUGAAAUUAACAAUUAAUUGACAUAGACAAGUGCUGCAGGUACGAUGAUAAAGCAUUGCCUGGCGUGGAUAUCUUUGUAUGCACAGCAGAUCCAGUGAUAGAACCGCCAACAAUGGUGAUCAACACAGUGCUAUCGAUGAUGGCAUAUGAUUACCCACCUGACAAACUAGGUGUGUAUCUGUCAGAUGAUGGUGGAUCGGAUUUAAUAUUCUAUGCACUGUUAGAGGCAGCGCACUUCUCCAAAGAAUGGCUGCCAUUUUGUAGGAAGUUCAAAGUGGAGCCAAGAUCACCGGAGGCAUACUUUCGGACUGCCGCCACCAAUCCACCAUCGCAUGAUUCUUUCAUGACCAAGGAGUGGUUGAUGAUCAAGAAAUUAUAUGAAGACAUGAAGAUUCGUAUCGAGACCACGACAAAGUUUGGCAGUGUUUCAAAUAACCUGCGUCAACAACACAAAGGAUUCUGUGAGUGGGACUUGGUUUCGAGCAGACGAGACCACCAGACCAUUCUUCAAAUAUUAAUCGAUGGAAGAGAUCCAGAAGCCUUGGAUGUUCAAGGACAAGCUUUGCCAACCCUGGUAUACUUGGCACGUGAAAAGAGGCCUCAAUAUCACCAUAAUUUCAAAGCAGGAGCACUGAAUGCUUUGAUAAGGGUGUCCUCAAAGAUAAGCGAUGGACCGGUAAUUCUUAAUGUUGACUGCGACAUGUAUUCAAAUAAUUCUGAAUCAAUCAGAGAUGCUCUCUGCUUUUUUCUGGAUCAAGAGAAAGGGCAUGAGAUUGCUUACGUGCAAUAUCCACAGAACUUCGAUAACAUCACUCAGAAUGAGAUCUACGGCAAUUCCCUGAGAGUACUAAUGGAGGUGGAACACCCGGGAUUUGACGGCAAUGGAGGGCCUUGCUAUAUUGGAACAGGAUGCUUUCACCGGAGAGAGACACUUUGUGGGAAGAAGUACAGCAAGGAAUUCAAGGCUGAAUGGAGAUCAGAGAACAAUAGGAACAGCGAAGAAAGUUCUAGUGCCCUGGAAGAAUCAUGCAAAUCUCUUGCAACUUGUGCAUUUGAGCAGAACACAGAGUGGGGGAAGGAGAUGGGUUUGAAAUAUGGCUGUGCAGUAGAGGACAUAAUCACAGGACUGUCUAUACAAUGCAGAGGUUGGAAAUCCGUCUACUUCAUUCCAGAAAGGAAGGCCUUCUUAGGCGUUGCUCCCACCACUCUUAUGCAGAACCUAAUACAACACAAGAGAUGGUCUGAAGGACAAUUUCAGAUUUUCCUAUCUAAAUACUGCCCCUUGGUUUAUGGACAUAAAAGGAUCCCUCUGAAACUUCAACUUUCAUACGUUCCCUACAAUCUAUGGGCUCCCAACAGUUUGGCUAUGCUAUACUAUGUUGUUGUGCCAUCCCUUUGCCUCCUCAAAGGCAAAGCUUUAUUUCCACAGAUAUCAAGCCCUUGGGUCCUACCAUUUCCCUGUGUGGUCCUCGCAAACCGAGCAUACAGCCUGUGGGAAUUUCUAAGCUGCGGAGGCACAUUGCAGGGGUGGUGGAAUGAGCAAAGGAUUUGGAUGUUCAAAAGAACAACAUCAUACUUAUUUGGCUUCCUUAGCACUGUCCUGGAGCUACUGGGAUUAUCUAAGGCAACAUUUACCGUAACAGAAAAGGUGGUGGAUGAGGAUGUGUCUCAGAGAUAUGAGCAAGAGGUCAUGGAAUUUGGCACGAAAUCACCCAUGUUUAACAUUAUAGCAACACUGGCUAUGCUCAACUUGCUCAGCUGCAUUGGGGCAAUAAAAAGGGUUAUCGUCGAUAACAAGACCUUGGACCUACUUGCUUUGCAGAUGCUUCUAAGUGGCCUCUUGGUUUGCCUAAACCUGCCUGUGUACAAAGGGCUGUUCUUUCGUAAGGACAGUGGCAGCAUGCCUCCCUCAGUAACACUCUUCUCAAUCAUUUUCGCUCUGUUAGCUAGCAGUAUAGCCAUGUACUAACUUACUCUAAUCAUAUGUUAAGAUAAAAAAAAAGGUGCCUGCUCCCACAUCAAAUGUUUUAGGUUAAUAAGACCCCCGUCUCUUUGUACACUUAGCUUUCGCAUGAAAGGAGGAACUGCAACACUUGAACAAGCUUUGGAACUAAAAUGAUAAUUCCUGU